AGAAAGAAAUGCCAUGUCACCCUGGAACAAUGAAUCUGAUAACAGAAUAAGUUACACAAUAUUCGGGUCAGUUGCUGGCAGUGCAGGUUUCUUCAGCAUAUGUGGUGUUGCCAUAAGUUACUUUAAAUGUAGACGUCGCAGAAUUGCAUAUUUGGUUCUGAAGAAAUCGGCAGAUUAUCACGUACCUAAAAUUACACUUGCUAAUUACACAAGAGCUCUAGAAUCACCAGUCAAUCACCAUACCCAAGCAAUUGAAGAUACCCAAAAAGCUGAAAGUUUCACUUUUGUUAAAUUCAAUUCUGCAAACAUUCAGUUCACCUCUGCUGGAAAAAGGUAUGCGAAACUUACAAAUAUUUCAACAUGUCCUGACAGCGUUGUUUCAAGUUUUGCGUCUUCAAAUGCAACAGACCUGAGAGAUUUUAGCAAAUGCAGUCUCAUUACGAACGAAAACCUAACACUGGAACUUGUCCAUGAAUCUCAUACCCAAACAAUUACGAACAAUUUAGAAUGUAAGAAAACAAUAUUUGGAACACCAUUUGAUGGCACAUUCAUGCUAGAUGAAACAAACCGUACCCUGCAAAUGCAUUAUUCGGACGCGGCAAUGACAUUACCCUUAGGCAUGACAAAAGCUGGCCAAGUUGAAGUCAGUGCCUCGACAUUCAGAAGUAUUGAAGCUACAAGAGAAAAGUUGGGUCUGUCCGAUGAUGAAAUCAUAGCAUCACCAGUAGUAGAGUAUGCUAUCAAUGGUAGUAGGAAGCUAGAUGGAUAUGCUUUUGUCAGAUUACCGUUCGUAGGAAAGUCAACCAAUCUGAAGGUCAAGAAGUUUGAGUCUGAUGAAGGCCUUGAAACUGUUGCAAAGUCACACGAAAUCCCGAGAAAAGACAAACAAAAUGAAGAUCUGGAUACGUACUAUAUCGUUGAUAGAUCUGCGGUUUUGAUAUAUACCAAGUCUUUCUCAGGGUUUUACUGUACGAUGUGCGGGCAUACACGGGACCUGGAGUUGAUAGCUUUCAUAUUUGGUUCAUACAAAUGUCUGAAUAAUAUGUAUGAAGUUUUUAUCACGGCCUACAUUGCAGAUGUACUUUUGAAGAUUGAGGAUUAUAGAAAGGAAAUGUUCGAAAAUGAAGAAAAUCGUCAAGGACGAAAAUGUCUGCGUAGCGAAAUUCCGCUUGGAAUGCCAGACGACUGCGAUUUAGUUGGAAACGAUUACAUAGAAGCAUGUUUGUUCCUAAAAACUGAUGAAGAUAAAAGGAAAUGGAAGCAUGUUAUUCACCCAGAAAGAGGAACACCUGUCUACCCGCCAAAACAAAAAAUAAAACUGGCAACAAUUGCACAGAACUGUCAACGGUGCCUACAGAUCCAUACUCGCAGAAAUACCCGGUCAGUCCAAAAGAAUUGGUAUCUCAGCAAUAAUGAAAACACUGUACCUAGUGAUAAAUUUCAAUGUUAUAUAGAUCUAACUGUAUGUAAAAAAGACACAGAAAUCUUUGAACCAAACUGCAUCACCAUUGAUGAACUAGAGCUCCGUGAAACUGAUCGAUCUCGUAUAAAGGAUUCGUUUCCAGUACAAGAAACAAGUUCUUUAACAGGGGCGUGUGCAGCUAGACUAAGUAGGAAAUCUUCAAGGAACGUGGGUACUGAAGGUGAUAUACAAUUGUCCAGCCCUCAAUCACACACGCUUGUGCGAGCGGAGAGUGAACAAGAUUUAAUGAGGAAUAGUAGUGUAGGAAAUGGACGCAGGCACAUUCCACCGAGUCCAGAAUUGUCACAAGCAUAUGGAACCACAGGUUUUCCGGCUAUCCCGAACAUUGAUUCACCCGAGCCAGAUGAUUAACAUAGGUCGGGAACAUAUGACCUAUAAUUGUGUCGGUGCGACGUUAAACCAAACCAAAAGAAAUAAUGUGAAAAAGCAUUACUAAUCUGAUUUGCUUUGUGUCACAUGCCUUGUAAACAAUAUAGCUACCUCUUUCAGAGGUAUACGGUAAAUCGCUCUGUCGCAAUUCACGAGCUUGUACAUGUCGCGAUAAAAGAACGUCAACACAAUGUUGGUGUUUUCUGUAUUUUUACAAGCAAUGUAUCAACUAUAAAAAAAUCGAGGAACGGUUGGCAAAGAAGAUUUGGUUAAAUUUUACUUAGAACUUAAAGUUCGCUAAAUUACUCUUGAUUUGUAAUCGUGGCAUGUUUACCAAAUGCAUUUUCGGUUCCAAAUUUAUUUCCAAAUACGUUGUAUACAUUACAGCUAUCUCAUGCCUACUCGGUUUGCUUCUUGAUAUCAGUUAAAAUGCAAACAUGUAACAAUGCAAUGUUUCUUGACGUAACGGCACAGUUCACUGCUAAAUCAGCUUACUGGUAAACAUCGCCACGACCACAAAUCAAAAAUAAAUUAGCAAACUUUAAGUUUUCUGUAAAGUUAAAUCAAAUUUACAUCGCCUACCAUUCUCCGAUUUUCGAUAUUCGAUACAAUGAUUGUAAAAAUACAGAAAAUACGAUGACACUCAGCUGUGUUGACGUUCUUUUAUCGCGACAUGUACUAGAUCGUAAGUUGCGACAGAGCGAUUUUCCGUAUACCUCUGAAAGAGGUACAUGUAGUAGCUCUGUUGUUUACCAGGCGUGUGUCAUGAUAAUGACAUUGAUAACACAGUGCUUUACAGAGAGCACAAGUAUUAGAAAGAUAAUGUAAGCAAUAACGUUGUAAAAGAUUCCGUUACACAACAAUGAAUUGUGAACAUAUUAGACGUUCAGUCUUGUUAUUACCAAGUAAUAAAAUAUGGUUAUUAUGACAGUAACUUGAUCCUGAGUGCAGUAUUCGGCUCGAGUGGAUUUUGCCAGAUCGGAUCUCACGAGGGGCGCACGCGCCGAGUGUGAUCCGACCUUGCAAAAUCCACGAGAGCCGAAUACAAAGUCCCGGAUCUAGCUACUGUUAUAAAUGACCCUUUUAUUAUAUACCUUUACCAUUUUGAUUCUUGUUUUGUUCUUGAACGAAAGCUUCAAUGUUUAUCGAUAUUAAAUGGAACUUAGUGAAGUUUUUAUGUGCGCUAUUAAUAGAAAUGUGGCAGGUCAUGCAUAUGUAUGAAAAUAGUCUGGCAGCAUUACAAUACGGAAGGUACAAUACGGAAUUUAAAAAGUACAAUACGGAAUUUUGUCUGUCUGUUCAUAUUUAAUUGUGAAAUACAAGCCGAAUUUUUACAGAAUUUAUAUUGGUAUAUAAUAAAUGUAGAUAAUGCAUGAAUGAGACAGUUGCUUCGAUAGAAAAAAUGUACAGUUUAAAAAGUACUUCUUUAAACAUGAUAUAAAAAUGAAGAUAUUUUAAGAAAUUUUCUUAUAAACAGAAUUAAUUUCCUUUUUGAUUGAAACAAAUUCAGUGUAUUUUCUUUCAAGCUUCCUUUGAUUUAUAUUUUGAAUAAUGUUUUAAUAUAUAUAAAAUAGCUAUCAAAAGUAUCAUGUGUAUAAUAUUUAUCAUUUCAUUAUUUUUUUCCAUCUUGUUAACCAUGUCCAGAUGGUAAAGGUAAAAACAUAACCAUAAUGAAUUGCUUUGUUUUCUCUUUCUCACAGACUGAUUUUUUUUUUUAAAAAAAAGGUAUCUGUUAUAAAAUAAAUCUAAAUGCGCAUGUUGGAAUAGCGGAUGUUCUAUUACAACAUGACAUGUUAUGCAUACAUUGACAACUUUCCAGUGAAAUACACAUAUAUUCUAUAGUAUUUUUUAUCAGCCCAAUGCCACGCUAAACGGUGUCAAGACCUGGCUGUCUAUAAAAUAUAAUUUAUACAUGGAUUUAUGUAUAAUUAUAUAAAGAUGAUUCCAGUAACA